AUGAAGCUUGGCGCCAUCUUCAGCCUGCCCGCUUAUCAACAGUUGUUGGGGAAACUUCCCACCCGGGAAGACCGGAAGCGCUUGUGGGGGUUCAUGCUGCUGUACUACGAGAUGGUAAAACACAGAGAUGAAAGUCUUGACGAUAUUUACCACAACGAGUUUCCCUUGAGCGAUGCCGACUUUUGCAAGCAACAUGGGGGUGUUGGGGACGAUAACGACAAGUUCGCUCAGUUGGUCUAUGACACUAAUCGCGAUAUUCGUCGUCUGCUCAAGUUGAUGAAGUUGUUCCACUAUAUGUCUAACAUAAAUUAUACUAACGAUUCUUUACCCAUCGUUUUGUUUCAGUGGAUCCCUCUUGCUUUGAAUAUACACAGGAUUCUUAAUACGUUUUACUGGGAAACGGAGGAAAACCCUAACUUCACCGAGCAAAAGCGCCAUGAACUUUGUGCUUGUUUUUGGGAAGUUGAAAACCAAAUCAAACAGGUCAAGAACACUUAUUGCCUUGGCUUCCACAUUUAUUUCUGCGACUUGUUGAAGCACCCAGCAUUUCCCCUUUCUAUCGUACGGGAAGCUGUCAUGAUUGUCGACAACGCCACCACUCUCCUUGACUUCACGGCUGAUCCAGAAUUGGCGUCAUUGUGGGAAGAAGCGUCCAUGAUGGUUCGAGUUCCAGUAAGUGAUGCUUUUUAG